AUGAUAGUUUCCGGAGUCACGGCUGAAGACGAAGAAAUGUGUCUGGUCCGUGCAGGAGAGUCAGUAUUACUCAGUUGGUGUUUGGACGAGAUUGGUCGUCACGCGGGCAACGAGCUUUGGCGGCUUUCCUCUGGGUCCACGUCGGAUGGGGCAGGUUCCGUUGAGAAAGGACCUGUUAUAGCGGAGUUCGUGCACGCAUUGACGGGCGCAGUGUUGCAAGUAGCUCGACGCAACCGGGUGAUGUUGGUCCCUCCUGAGGAAACGGAAAGUGGGAGACCGCGGAAACGGAUAGUGUUGAGUGAAAAUAACGAACUAGUUCUGGAACCGGAACUGGAAGAGCCGAUGUGUGUCUCAUUGGAAGGUACUCCAGCACGGAGCGGUGUUAAUCGGGUGUUAAAGAAACCCAUUAGUUCCUCCGGUGCCGAUCUGAGUGCCGAACACCCUCCUGAACUCGCUAAUGAUGGGAACCUGGAAACCUACUGGCUCAGUCGGACCAGCAAGGUCCGUAAAUUCUCCGUCUCGCUUAUUCUGUCACUGGAGGCACUGGACACCGAACAGGAUGACAGUGGUCAGGUGUCAGGAGGUCAGGUGUCAGGAGGUCAGGUGUCAGGAGGUCAGGUGUCAGGAGGUCAGGCGUCAGGUGGGGGUCAAAGUUCUGGGCGGAAAGCUUAUUCGUUUGUCGUGGAAUGGCAACGACCAGCGUCUGUCUUUAGUCUUGCCGGUUCCACCGACGGUGUACACUGGGUGGCUAUCCAGACCGUAUAUGGGAACCGACAGAUGAAAUCUUCCGUCACUCUCAACCCCCUCAUUCACACAUAUCCAUUCUACAAACUGGAACUUAGCACUGCCAGCAAAAUAGCCUCUGGUGGGGCUCGUCUGUAUCAGUACGGCAUCAAGGAGAUAGCCGUCAACUUCUACCCCCUGGCCCUCACCGUCGAGCCUUGUGAAGAGGCACGCGCCCAUGGUGACACCCGCCAGUUCUUCUUCCUCGUCGCCGUUGAGCGCUUCGACCGUGACCUCAUGGACCAAACUCAUGCCAUGACCAGCGCCUACGAUGACCAGAUCAACGCCCUGGCCACCUCCCUGUCCAGGCUUGAAGACCUGGACGAUCCAAGCCCUGCGGAAAACUCCAAUGCGACUGUCUCCAGUCCGAUGACUAUGGACACCUGUCAGGCCCUUAUGGAAGAUCUCAAGGCAACGGCCCGGGACCAAAAGGAGUCGAUACAACGCAUCCAGGGCUAUCUCGAUAGCAGCAAAAGCUUGGCCGCCAGCCACACCUAUCCGGACCGCUGCAGUGAUCGAUCCAAAGUCCGAGCACAACUGAGACGGGAAAAUUCGCAGUCGUCCAUCUACGUGGACACAAAAGGGUACUUCUCCCUCAAACCACGGUGCAUGACCGGCGGACCCCGAUCCCGGCAGGCAAGCACUCCCUCGAUAGUGAGAGUCCUUUGUCCUUCAUUGAUUGACGAGAGUGGAAGCCAGAGUAGCAAUGUUGGAAUUAGUUUAUGGACCAACAAUAUACGUCCUGGCUUUAGUUAUGUAGCUAGCAUCAAAAGCCGCCAGGAUAUAAGCGACGGCUGUUCAUCACUCGGAAUGAUCCCGGUGCGGCUGUCUAGUGUUUCGAUGGACUUUGUAGCGCAAUUAAUUCAGAGCACACACGUGUGUGCUGGGCUCAGACCGAUCUUUAUUCCGUUGGCGUAUGCUCAGGACGUGGUGGGCACGUCUUGGAAGGAUUUUUCUGACGCUGAUGUGACUGAGAUUGUCUCCAAGUUAGCGGGGGUUGAUCCCAGUGGAGGGAGAAUAGCGUUAUCGGAAGAGCCUUUGUUUGGAUAUGACUGCGAAAAGUUUGUAUUUCAAAACUGGUCUAAUGCUCGCUUCGGUGGUGUGGUCUGCUCAGAAGAGGUUUUGCCGAUCGAGCCAAGCGCAGCUGCGGUCGUACUAUGUACAGAUACAUUUUCAGAUAUCGCCUUCAAUGACGGCAACAUAGUGAGUUGUGCAAACGAUUGUGUGCCCCGUUAUUUGCAGCUGAAAGAUGUGUCCUUCAUUAACAGCUUAAUAACUGGGAACAAUAAGAAUGGUUACAGCGCGGAAUCCAGUAUUUGUUUUGCUGCAUACCACGGCAAUGCAAUCGAACGAGACCAGGAUUACACGUUGCUUCAGAUCAGGGUGAGCGAAGGAUCGGUGGAUGCGUUCACGGGUACGACCUCGAAUGGUCUGACGAGCAAUGGAAACAGUAGUCCAGGAUAUGGUUCUUAUAAGGUGAGCUUGGUUCGUAGUCCGUGUGCUGAGCCGGGUUCUGAAAAGCUAGUUAACCGUUUGGCUGCCAUCUCUGACCCCGUGCCGCCAGUUGCAAACUACGAUUCGAUUACAGACCAGGCUCAGCUGGUGGCAGCCAGUCUCGGUGGUGCCACUGAAUGGGUAUACAGCCCACGCGAUUCUAAUAUGAAUCAAUUGGCGGUGAAGGCGGUGGUGGGCAAACAAGCGGAGACAUAUGACAGCAUUAAUGACGCUCGCACCAAGGCGAUUCUAAAGACGAACGAGGAGGCAUUGAUGGCUGCACGCGGUAAAGUAAAGCCUUUGGAGAUCGCAGCCAUGUCCAUAUGGCGACAUUUGGAGCGCGUCUCUCUCCGAGCGGCGACCCUGUUUACGAAUUUAAACUACAAGUUAUCAGCAGUCAUGACCGGUUACGAGGGUAGCAAGAGCCAGCUAACUCUCUAUCAAAAAAAGAGCGCGCGUGUGCACGGCUACAAUUCGUUCAAAUGGGAUGCCGGGCUUUAUGAAAACUUCUAUCACCAAUUCGCGUCCGUCUCCAUUCCCGAGUCUUCCCCCGAGUCUUCUCUAACGGGAGGUUCCCUAAUGGAAGGCUCUGUAGGUAACUUCGCAAAUAACACAACAGCCGGCAGCCCGGCGCAGUUGUCUGUAACUUUGAACAACUUCGGCACGUACAGUUUGGAGGACUUUGCCGCGUUGAACCUAGGUUCACUGGACAGUUCUGCGUUGUCAGAUACAAGUGUAAUCGCUUAUUCGCCGAACAGUCAGUACGGAGUGCCCGUCAUUCCGUGUCCAGACGGGUCGGGCGGUACGACGUACAUGUUUGUGGGUGUGUUACUUUCCUUGCGUGAUGUUGCGGCAUAUGAUGGCGUUUUCUCAGCCAAGUUCUUCCUACCACGGGACUCCUUUAGUCAAGCCCGUGCGCGGAUCGGUGUCAUAGGUAAAAUGCGCAAUGCUGAAAACCUCCUCGCGGCCGUAAUCGAAAAUGUGGACGGUGGUCGCGCCGCCAUUUACAGUGUCCAGGCCGGUCGCGAGACACUGCUCGGCGCCGUACCCUGGGCUCCCGGCUGGACUGAAAAUGCCUGGUUCGAACUAGCCCUCCGCAGCCGUCGAGACCGCUUUGCCCUCUUCGUCCGAGAUUUCGGCUCUGAACCCCCCUCACCAUACGUCCACCUGCUCACCGUCCAGAGCGAACUACACGCAGGCAGCGGAAGUCUCGGAGUCGUCACCAACCUCCCCAAUGCCUUCGUCGUCAGCGACAUGCGCUACCAAGCCGGCAACUGUCAACUACCCGACCAAAAGUUCUCUGACAGCACAUCGGUACAAACUGGAGCCGUGGUCAGAGCGGACCACAGACUGGUCGCCCCACCUGUAUGUUCGCGGCUCUAUGAGGAUUGGCAGAAUCCCUCCCGUCACUGGUCUCACACGGGGCCUGGCGUGUGGAGAGUUGCCGCAAUCGAAGGCAAACGGGCCGUCCAGCAACGAAUCAGCCACCAGGAAGAAAGUGCCCUCGUACUCCGGUCUCCUCGCCGCUGCGAACGCGGCACGCUCCAGUUCAGUUACUACAGCCCUUGCCCUGCCACCGUCACCGUCCGCUUCCACCACUGGUUCCUCACACUCUCACCCGACCGCGUGGCCGCAGGCGCCGCCACCGCUGCCGUCACAAGAGCUUCCAGCACCUACGAGAUGCCCCUGGAGUCGUGGAUCGACGUCCGACUCUCCGUCAGCGACACGCUCCUUGUCUUCAACGAUUCCAACGGACACAAACUCCAAGCUUCUGCCGAGGCUACUGUACCGGCACCGGGUGACGUGGCCAGUGUCCCGAAACAGGACCUGGCCACCGCCGCGCCACUACCGGACGCAGCGGCCGCACCAAUACAGGACAUGUCUGCACAGGACACGUCUGCGGCACCACCCCCGGCUGAGCUAGAGACAUCUUCUCUCCAGGCAACCGCCUUUCCUGUGCAGACUGCCUCCUCGCAACCGUCUCUACCGCUGGCCAUCGGCGUUGCCGGGUGUGGCGGGACGUCCUUUGCAGCACUGUCGCUUUCGCCGGCCCUACCCCAAGAUGUGUUCGCGAACACCCUCGUCCUGCCCUCCCUGGCGCCGCCUCCCAUGAUGCUGCAGAAACAUCGGACCCGACAGGUGGGCAAGAGCCUUUCGGACUCUGGGCGUCCGGACCCCAGGCUUGUGGACUCUGGGCGUUCCAGCGGGGAGACGGAGCUUGUGGACUCUAGGUCGUCCAAUUGGCUUUCGUUACUUUCGAACCGCUUUGUUCGAAGUGACUUAUGA